CUAUUUCGUAUAAUGAUCAGGAAGGGUUUUUGAAAAAUUUAUAUCCAGAAUCAAAUUUGUUUUAUACUUUCGAAAAUAAAGAGUAUAUAUAUUUACUGCGAUCAUGCAAAAAUAAAGCUUUUACCGUUUUCAGCAUAGAGUUUCAAACAAUUCAUUAGAGCACAAGUUUUUGGUCUGUUUUCCAAAUUCUAACCUCACCAUAGACAGACCACUGGCGAUCCGGAAGAAUUUAGAUGAAAAAUAGAAAUACUUCAAUGAAGAAAUAAAUCUCUCAGCUACGAAAAAUGCAUAUCAUUCAACUUUCUUUGUACGUUACAUUUGGCCUCGUAAUUUGGAUUUCUUCUACCAGAACGAAAUCCGAAAAAGGAGGCAACACCCAGCUGCUAAUGUACAAAGAUGGUAUUGUCACCAAGGAAAAUUUUGUAUAUUUCAGCAUCGAACAUGAAGGUGACUUGAGACUAACACUCUAUUCACCAGAUGGCGACGCUGAUAUGUACAUAGCUGAGAAUUCCAAAGUGCCUACUUAUGAGCCUGAAAAGUACGAUCUGCAUUCUGCCACUUGUGGUGAAGACGCUAUUGAAAUACCAAAAAGUUUCAAAAGGCCUAUUAUAAUUGGAAUAUAUGGUAAUUCAAUGUACGAAACAACCGGCUUCAUGCUGAAAGUGGAAAAAAUUAUCAAUAGUGAGAAAACCUGUUACGCAGAUUUCGUAGAACCAUAUUAUACUCAGGCAGACCAAAAAGACCAGAAGAGAAGUAGCAAAGGUGCUGAAACAACAAAUAGACCAACCGUUAAAGCCACCAAUAAACUGGAUGUAAAAUCGUUAAUAUUCGGCAUACUGGAAGUUCUUGCCUCUGUGUUUUGAGAAUAUUGAUGAAUAAUAUGAGAACUGAAUAAUUUUUUGUGAUAGUACUGUAAUGAUUGUUAUUAAUAAGGUUCAAUAUUAUAAUUUUUAUAUUUGUGAUUGUUGGAAGAGUAUUUGUUACAUAAUCUUUUGUAUUUCGAUGAGACAAAUAAAUUUGAAGAAACGGUA